UCGCUGAGGAUGCAGUUGAGGAUGCGUGCUAUGGCCAUGACAGAGGGGCAAAGUCAGCAAGGGGUGGCGCGUGCGAAGGAGCAUUCCGGGCCCAUUCCGUCACCCAUGUCGUGCCAUGGAUGUCCUACCGCAUCUGAUGAAUCGGCCACACAGCCUGGCAUGCAAUCCGAUCCACCACGCAGUUCAAGUGUGAACUUCGACGGAGCRGCCUGUCCUGUGCCGCAUACACCGCCCUCCAAUUACAUCCUAAAUCAAUUGGUGCGCGAUAUCGAAGGCGGGGUGUUCCAAGGUGAGGGUUGUGAACCGCCUCCACCCAGCGGCGCUGUGACUCCCCCUUCGGCUCCCCCUGUGCACACACCUCCGACCGCUGUGACACCGGAGCAUGCUAGUAAUGCACAGGGGGCGACCCCUCGACCGGGGGAGGGCGCCUUCGAAGGAGAAGGAAGUGUUGGGGGUGGAGGGAACAGGUCUUCCCCCGAGGGGAUAGGUCGGCAUGGAAAUGUCAGGCCAGCAGAUGCUGCUAAGAAUAGUGAGAGGUGGGGGGAGGACGAGACAACAGUGUUGUGUCGGGCGCGGAACGAAGCGAAGGAGGUUUUGGGUGACGAUACGGAGGCCAUGGGGAGGGCACGUGUGAAGGCCGGCUUCUGGAAGAUGGUUGCUGAUCGUAUGUGGGAGAAAGGUUUUAAUCGCACAGAAGCGGAUGAUCUGGGUGACAUGGCGMCGCCCCACUCGAAGCCAGUCAUAGGGAUCGACCUGGGUACGUCGUUCUGCCGUGUGGCACUUUUCCAAAAUGGUAAAGUGGASAUCGUUACAAACUYUCAGGGCGGUCGCAUUACUCCAUCCUCCGUCGYUUUCACGGAGAAGCGAACCUUCGUAGGUCAAUCGGCCGUGAGGCAUGGGACGCGUAUACCCAAGCAGUGCGUUUACGAGGUGAAGCGGCUGAUGGGCAKGUCUGUUCGGCAUCCCAUGGUCCAGAAGUACAUGAGGACGUGGCCGUUCGAAGUCAUCGCGGGAGAGCGAGACAUGGCCGUUGUAAGGUUCGAAAAAGGACCUGACGGCAGGCAAACGUUCUCACCCYCGGAAAUUUCCUCCCUUCUGCUGAAGGACAUGAAAAGCAAUGCCGAGGCCUUUGCGAAUUCCCAGAUCGAGGAUGCUGUGAUAACUGUCCCCGCACACUUCAGUGAGAGUCAGCGGGAGGCCACGAGAGAGGCAGGGCGUCUAGCGGGUUUGAACGUGCUGCAGCUGAUGAAUGAGCCGACCGCAGCAGCAGUAGCGUAUAUUUAUCAGCAGAAACUAGAGGAGUCUGGUGGAGGGAACAUCGUGGUCUUCGAUCUGGGAAGGGAUACUCUCGACGUCUCGAUCAUUGCCCUGGAGAGCGGCGGCCUACUUGUGCGCGAGGUGAAAGGCGAUUCUGAUCUUGGAGGUGCGGWCUUCGAGAACAACCUCAUCAGGCAUGUUGCGGAGCAGUACAAGCGUGACACGGGUCGSGAUMUUCUCGCSGACGAGAAGGUAUUGCCGCGAGUGAGGGAGGCUAUCUGURCGGCGAAGCACACUUUGUCCAGCCAAGACGAGGCGGAMAUCGAGUUCUGCUGCGGAGAUAUAGAUGUGAACCARUCUAUACUCCKGKCUMMSUUUGAACAGAUUAACGAGGAGCUGUUCCGAAAAUGCAUGGCGAUCGUUGAAGAAGCGGUUCGAGGAGCCAACAUGACUAAUCAGGACAUCUCGGACGUGAUUUUGGCCGGAGAAUCAACGCGGAUCCAAAAGGCAGCUUUUCUAUCUCCCCUUGUGAUGGGAAACCAUAAGCCUAGGGUGCCUAUGUGCGUGAUCCCCAAGAGCUCUCGCCUUCCGGCAAUCGGGGAGCUUGAUGUUAAGUGCGCAUACGAUUACCAGAAGGCGAUCGAGUUCAAGUUCUACCAAGGGGAGAGGGCCUUGUGCCGUGAUAACYASUACCUGGGGGRCUUUCUGUUGACGGGAUUCAAACCGGUGGCUGCCGAUGGGAAACCAGUGGCGAAGCUUGUUGUGAACGUCGACAACGACGGCAUCAUUCGUGCAUCCGCGGUAGCCGUAGCCAAUAAUCAYGMGGAAGGGAGAACASAAGAGAUGCGUUUUCMCAUCGGGACGUUCAGCAAGGAUGGGGCGGACGCUACAGUCGACGAAGGGCGGGAUUGGAAAGCGGUGCAAGAAGAAGACGAGGAGAGGAAGGCAGAGUUCAAGGCGCGGCGGGAGCUCCUGUAUCUCGCGUGGGAACUUCGGGAUAAWAGAUUUGGGAAGAUGUCCAAGCCGGAGAGAUCGCUUGUAACCGAGGUUCUGGACUGGUUACARUCUGAGGACAGUUACGCGCCCAAACGGGCCUACGMGGAGACGAUUACAAGGCUCCGCGCAAUUCAAGCCCGCUUCGGCGGCGGAAGCGGCCGGUUCUCUUUCGCUGUUUGAGCCGGAGUCAUUCAGAAUAGCAAAGGGAACAUGUCCAUCYUUCUC